AUGACCGCCAUCACCGUCGGCGUCCUCGCCCUGCAAGGCGCCUUCGUCGAGCACAUCCAGCUACUGCACCGCGCUGCGCAGUCCAUCGCCAAUGGCCCCCGGAAAGCCCUUCACCAGCCGCCCCACUUCACCUUUCUCGAAGUGAGGAACGCGGAUGAGCUGCAGGCAUGUGAUGCUCUCAUCUUGCCGGGCGGCGAAAGCACCUCCAUCUCACUCAUUGCAGAGCGCACCGCCCUGCUGGACCCGCUUCGGGAUUUUGUCAAGGUCCAGAGGAAGCCUGUCUGGGGAACCUGCGCAGGCCUGAUCUUACUGGCAGAGAGCGCCAACAAGUCCAAGCAGUCUGGGCAGGAACUCAUCGGAGGAUUGGAUGUGAGGGUGCAGAGGAACUACUUUGGCCGUCAAGUCGAAAGCUUCGAGGCGGAUCUGGAUCUGCCGUUCUUGGAGUCGCCUUUCCACUCCGUCUUCAUCAGAGCGCCAGUCGUUGAGAAGGUCUUGCCGCCCACAAAUGCCGUGUCGGCAGAGAAAUCUCCAGACACGGUCCUCGCUCCACCGAGACAAGCGACGAAUGCUCCUGUUGAGAUUCUUGGCCGUCUGCCGGGGAGAGCACGAGCCAUCCGGGAUAAGACGACCACGGCUGAGGAGCUCGGGGAAGAUGGCGACAUCGUAGCCGUCAAGCAAGGGAAUGUGUUUGGCACUGCCUUCCAUCCGGAAUUGACUGGAGAUGAACGCAUCCACGCUUGGUGGUUGACUGAGGUUGUGAGACUCAAGUCCGAGCGUAUCGGGUGA